AUGGAGAGCCCCAAACUCAAAGCUAAGCAAAAUGAUGAUCUUGCUAUGCCUGUGACAUCAGGGAACGGUGAAGUCACCGAGGUAAUUGGUGACCUAUUUGAUGCACCAGAAGGUUCUUGUUUGAUUCAUGCAUGUAAUACCCAAGGUGCAUGGGGGGCCGGAAUCGCGAAAGCAUUCAAACAGAAGUACCCUGCAGCAUUCAGGUACUAUCGUGACCACUGCCUGGACUACUUGGAUGGGAAAGACACCCAUAACAUCGUCAACUUGCAAGAUAGCAACAAGAGCAGCAUCUCAGUGCGUCUACCGUUAGGAACAGCCUUGGUGAUACCUCCCCAGUCCGCAGAUUAUAGCAAUGGCCAAAAGAAACACUGGAUCAUUUGUCUCUUCACCUCUCGCAGCUUUGGCCGUCGAGUUGACUCCCCGGACCUAAUUACAAACAGUACUCAUGCCGCAUUAAAAAAUCUGAAGAUGCAACUUCAAAAUCCCGAGCACCAGCAUGGAUUGCAAGGAGCUGCACCGGGAAAAUUAUACUCUUGUCGCUUUAACUCUGGAUUGUUUGCAGUUCCUUGGGAAAAGACUCGAGGGAUUGUGGAGGAGGUCGGCUUGUCCAUGACAGUGGUUUGCCCACCGGGAGAAGCCUAG